AUGGUGAACAUCCCGAAGACGCGGAAUACUUAUUGCCGCGCGUGCAAGAAGCACACACCUCACAAGGUGUCGCAGUACAAGACUGGCAAGGCUUCUUUGACAGCCCAGGGCAAGCGACGAUACGACAAGAAGCAGGUGAGAAUGAUGUUUGCAUCAAGUGGCCUGAGUGAGGCUGGCUUUGGUGGGCAAACGAAGCCAAUCUUUCACAAGAAGGCUCAUUGCCAGGAUGAGCUAGGAGUCCACUUAUUUGGAGCAGCCCACUUGCUGCUCACAGAAUCCAUUAUGCAGGCAAAGACCACCAAGAAGAUCGUGCUGAAGUUUGAGUGCACAAAGUGCAAGGACAUCCUGCCACUGUCAGAUUCCCUCUUCCCUUUGCUAGCACAGAAUUUGUAG